UUCGUCCUUUAUAAGGCGGAAAUCCUCCACUGUGGUCCACACAUGGUCAGUGCCAAGGACCGUGUACAGAAGUCAAGGAUAAUUUAAUUAAAAUGUUUAGAAUGUAUUUUGUUUUUGUGACAAUAGUAGUGGUUUCUUACUUUGGUAAGCAGGAAGCAAAAGGACAAGAGGUUCAGUUGCCACCAGGACAAGAGUGCCAAAUGACACCAGUAAUCCAUGUAUUGCAACAUCCAGGCUGCGUCCCCAAGCCAAUUCCCUCAUAUGCAUGUAUAGGAAAAUGCUCCAGCUAUGUACAGGUCUCGGGAAGUAAAAUAUGGCAAAUGGAGCGAUCAUGCAGUUGUUGUCAAGAAUCAGGUGAACGCGAAGCAACGGUUGUCUUAUUUUGUCCAAAAGCAAAAAGUGAAGAAAAAAGAUAUCGAAAGGUGUCAACAAAAGCACCAUUGGAAUGCCUGUGCCGGCCUUGCAGCACAAUAGAAGAAAGCUCAAUUAUACCCCAAGAAAUUGCUGGAUAUUCUGACGAUAGUUACGUGCGAAGCCACUUCAGGAAAAGUUCAUAAAGUUAAUAUUGCGACCGACUCCUACUUUGCACUACUCAUCAUCGUGAUUCAAAUCGAGAAUUAGUGACCUCUUGGACCUCAUU